CCAGCGGCCGCCGAACGGCGCCAUGUUGGCUCGGCUGGGUGGGGCCCGGCUCCGGAGGGGCUGACGGGGUCUGCGGGACCCAGGCCUCGUAACAGCGGUUCUACCCCUCACGACGCAGCCAUGGCAGCCGAGAAGGACCAGCAGGAGGAUGCCGGGGCGGAAGGGCUGAGCGCCACGACUCUGCUGCCGAAACUGAUCCCAUCCGGUGCGGGCCGUGAGUGGCUGGAGCGGCGCCGCGCAACCAUCCGGCCCUGGAGCACCUUCGUGGACCAGCGGCGCUUCUCGCGGCCCUGCAACGUGGGCGAGCUUUGCCAGCGCCUCGUACGAAACGUGGAGUACUACCAGAGCAACUAUGUGUUCGUGUUCCUGGGCCUCAUCCUGUACUGUGUGGUGACAUCUCCCAUGCUGCUGGUGGCCCUUGCUGUCUUCUUUGGUGCCUGUUACAUCCUUUACCUGCGCACGUUGCAGUCCAAGUUUGUGCUCUUUGGCCCAGAGAUGAGAGCAUGCCGGGAGGCCAGGAGUGGCAGUAAGGCCUCUGUGGUCAGAGCUGCCGAGCCAGGGAAAGUGGUAGACUUGCAGGCUUCAGUGUGAGCUUUGGUUUUAUUCUGAGCAAAAGACAAAUUGCUUUUUGUAGUAAUGUGAAGACUGCCAUGGAGAAACGCUGACAAAAGAGGAACAGUGAGGUGAUGGGCAGGGCCUGAAGGCUGCUUCAGAUGGGGCCGAUCCGGGCGGGUUCUCUGAGGAGGUGACGUUUCUGUGAGCCCUGAUUCACAGGAGGAGCUGCAGGGGGAAUGUGAUAAGCAGACGCCUGGACUCCGACCUGGCCAGGUGGCUCGGAUGAAAUGUCCAAACACCGAAAGGCUGGGGGUUUGAUUCCUGGUCAGAGCACAUACCAAGGUUGGGGGUUCCCCCAUUUGGGGUGUGCGGAAGGUAGUUGGUCAAUGUUUCUCUCUCACAUUGAUAUUUCCCUCUCUCUAAAAUCAAAAC